ACAGCAGUUACAGUGUUAACAUCGGUUUUCGAAACAAGUUUUGAAAGUGCACAAAUCGAAUCUGAAAAAUCAUAUUCAAGCUCUACAGAAAUCCAAAAUAUCAAAUCAAAUAUGGGCAGCACACAUUCCGCUGAGAAGGUGAAGAGCGUUGAGGACUCCACCAGUCCGGGAAAUCCUGGCAUUUUCUGCACUCCACUACCCGGUUUUGUAAGCAAAAUUCACAAAAUCCUGAUCCGCAAAUUGAGCAUCUCGGCGAGGAAACAAAAGCGUUUGAGCAAACGUUCCAAGCAGAUCCUGCGACCCAUGCCCCGGUGCUCGUCCUUCGGAUCCUGCGGAACUCUGCUGACACCCAACAAGAAGACCGCAUCUACCUUGGCCGAUCGUCGUUAUGCCCAAUGGAAGUGCAGUUUCGAGCACUUGGCCCAGAAGCAGCAGCGACUCCAUGACAUCAGUGAGGCAUUUACAGGACAGAUCACACCAAGGGGUUUCCCCUCCCAUACGGAUCCCAAGCGAUGCCUAAUCCAGGAUGAGUCUCCUGUCCCGGAAUCUCCACUCUACGAUAUGGUGGGAGGACAGAAAAUACGCCGCCGUUUGAGCCUGAGGAACCACACACUAGUCCGACGACCUUCUGCCCGCCAGAAGGCCAUUCAAGCCAAGAUCGAUGCCCAGUUUCAGCGAGAUCUCCGCGAUCUGGAGGAGUACUACGGCGGAUUCCAUUUCGCCCAGCAACGUGAGCGAUUGGUAAAGGUUUAAGUUCUGAGAUAUAUGAUAUUCCCUUAUUAAAUAGCC